UACGCAAUGACUCACCCACGCCAUCUCGCUUACGUAUGAAACAUCUAUGGUUAAGGUGGCACAACGGAAGCCACAGACAUCGGUUACGGCUGUAAACAGAUAAAGGGUGUUUGUAUUGCGGUAACUGGAGUAUUUGAACAGGACCUCUUGGAGACGAAAGAUAUCUUCUACUGUGCGCAAUCUCUUAAGGACCAUGGAAAGUUCCAGACUAUGGACCAGAGCGGUGGUUUGCGCGGUGUUGCUGUCCAUCGUUCUUAGUGCUGAAAUUGACUAUUCGGAUUCCGAAUUGGACCUCGACACAAGAAGUGUGAGAGACUUCUACCCCAAAGAUCCGAACUUGACCAACGAAAAGCAACUGCUUGGAGCACUACAUGACGUUCUUAAAAAGCUGCAGACCAAGAGACUUCCGUUCUGGGAAAAGAAAUUCGGCCAAGUCCCUACCUGCGACGUUGGAGAGCAGUGCGCAGUGAGAAAGGGCGCGAGAAUCGGCAAAAUGUGCGACUGUCCUCGCGGAGCAUUCUGCAACUCUUAUCUGCUCAAGUGCUUGUGAAUUGAAUUGGUCUGAAUCGGUCUGAAUGUAAAUUGAUGGCAAACUAAAACUGUUACAUCAGAACGACAUGUGAUAUAGUAGUAUUGUUAUGAUACUACAAUAUACGAUUAUCGGGAGAGUGACAGGUUGCAUUCUGAAAGAUUGUCCAAACCCCAAAAAGGCUUAUUUUGAACUUAUGAAAUAUUUUAUUUUCAACUGGAUGUUUCUGUAACCAAAAAUGAGUUGUGAUAUGAAUAAACAGCGUUCUAUCUUGUUUUGUAAAGCA